GAGUCCGCCGCCAUGAACAGGAAGAAGCUGCAGCUGCUGGUGGACUCGCUGGGCCAGUCCUCCAAACACUUUACUAAAAGCGAAGUGGAAUGUCUGAUCAAGCUCUUCAACAUGCUGGUGGCCGAGUCCAGGAGCCGCUUUGCUGCGGUCGGUUUUGACUGUAAUGUGUUCAGAGAUGUCCUGUACAGAAUGUUUGGCAUGAUGGACGACAUGAUGAUGGACAGAGUGUUCCGCACGUUUGACAGAGACAACAACAGCUGCAUCAGCGUGGAGGAGUGGGUAGGAGGCUUGGCAGUGUUUCUUCGAGGGACGUUGGAGGAAAGGAUUAAAUACUGUUUUGAGGUUUAUGACCUAAAUGGUGAUGGCUACAUUACAAGAGAUGAAAUGUUUCAAAUGCUGAAGAACAGCCUUCUCAAACAACCCUCAGAAGAAGAUCCUGAUGAGGGAAUUAAGGACUUGGUUGACAUCGCACUGAAGAAAAUGGACUAUGAUCACGAUGGCAAGCUUUCUUUUGUGGACUUUGAAAAAGCAGUCAGAAAUGAAAACCUUCUCUUGGAAGCCUUUGGACCGUGUUUGCCAGACAUAAAGAGUAUUAUGGCAUUUGAACAGAAAACUUUCCAGGAAACUCGUAAACUGUAA